GCUGCCAUUCCUUUUUGCAGUUCUUCUGUCCAGGAAAAGCCCACUCUUGGAUCCUGCAUCCUGCAGAAAAGUACAGAACCUGGUGGCCAUCAUCAAUCAGAGGCAUCAUUGCCCUCGUGGCUGAAACUGGAAGCCCAGGAAGGCCGUCUGCCCAGGCAGGAGAACAUCUCAAGGAUGGAUGGACCACCUGCAGCUGGCCCAGAAGCUGGAAGGGACCCUGAGACCAUCAAGUCAGGGAGCGGUGGAGAAAACUGGGACCUGCACCCUGAGGUCCAUCGCCAGUGUUUCCGGCAGCUCCACUAUCAGGAGGCCAAGGGACCCCGAGAGGUCUGUAAGCGGCUCCACGAUCUCUGCCAUCUGUGGCUCAGACCAGAGCAGCACACCAAGAACCAGAUUUUGGACAUGCUCAUCCUUGAGCAAUUCCUGGCUGUCGUUCCUCCAGAGAUGCAGAGGUGGGUCCGGGAAUGUGGAGCCGAGACCAGUUCCCAAGCUGUAGCCCUGGCUGAAAUUUUCCUCUUGACCCAGGCAGAAGACAAGAAACAAGAGGAACAGCAGUAUACAGAAUCGGGCCCCACCUUUCCGGAACCAUUCAAGACUUCCUCGGAUGCCCGGCAGAGUGCCCUACGAAGGUGGAUGAAACACGAAGGCGAUGGAACGUCCAUCCUACAAGGAGAUGGGAUGAUGUCGGUAAUACGUGCCCAGUCAACAUCUCUUCUGUGUGGCGGCGGAGACUUGACAACUGCGCAACAGGCUCAGGUCCCAGUGGCGACUGAGGAUGUGGCUGUCCAGGUGACAGAGAAAGAAGGGAUCCUGCCCGAUCCUGACCAGAAAGGUUUCCGCAAGCAAGCCGUGCAGCAAGAUUGCGGACUGAUAGCUGCCUUUGAAGCCGAUAAGUGGGCAGUCGAGAGAAAAGGAGACCCAUCGGUGGGACUGCCAGAAGGGGACGGCAUUAAAAAGAGGGAGAAACAGAGGAGAAAAUCGGUACCCAAUCGGAAAAGGAUGAUGGAGGUGAAUGACUCCCCCGCUCCCCAAAGCAGUAACUUCCAUCAAAAUGCAGUCCAAGAAAAAAUAGAGAAAAUGAACAUUGCAAAAAUAAGCGAGCCAGCCCGUAAAAGACAACGAACGUAUCUGUUCCAUAAAGAAUGGGAGGAACGAUACUGCUUCAUGGACGUGAACGGCAAAUCGGUGUGCUUAAUCUGCUCGUCCACGGUCGCGGUGGCGAAGAAGCACAACGUCCAGAGGCACUUCGAGAGAAACCACGGCACCUUCGCCAAAAACUAUCCCCUCGAUUCCGAGCUCCGCAAGAUGAAAGUGAAAGAGAUGAAGUCCAAAUUUGCCUCCCAGCUGACCGUCUACACCAAACCCGUGGUCCACUCCAAGAACACCACCAUUGCCUCUUUCAAAAUUGCUAGUCUGCUGGUGAAAAGAAACAAACCCUUUGAGGACGGCGAGCUGCUGAAAGAGGUGUUUCUGACGGCCGCUGACUCGAUUUUCGAAGGCUUCUCCAAUAAGAAAGAAAUCAUGACAGCUAUACAAAAGCUUCAGUUGUCCGGGAACACCGUUUCUCGCAGAAUCCAAUCCAUCUCGAACGAUUUGGAGUACCAGCUGCAAAGCGACCUGCAGAAGUGCCUCUGGUUUUCCCUGCAGCUGGACGAGUCCACCGACAUAACCGACACGUCCCAGUUGGCCAUGAUCGUGAGGCUGGUCUUCAGCGAUCUUGCGGUGAAGGAAGAGCUGCUCAAAAUCCUGUCUUUGAAAGGAAAAACAAGAGGCGAAGAUAUCUUCCUGACUUUCAAGAACUACGCCACUGAAAUCAACCUGCCUCUUCAUAAACUUUCUUCCAUCACGACCGAUGGCGCGCCAGCCAUGGUGGGCAGCAUGGAUGGGUUCAUCGCUCACUGCCAGAAGGACGAAUCUUUUCCAAAGUUUAUUUCGUAUCACUGCAUCAUCCACCAAGAGGCCCUGUGUGCCAAAGUCCUGCAGUUUAAACACGUCAUGGACGUGGUUACAAAAAUCAUAAACUCUAUCCGCGCCGUCUCUUUGCAGCAUCGGCUCUUUAAAGCCCUCCUGAAGGACGUUGAUGUUGAAUAUGGGGACCUGAUUUUGCACACGGAGGUCAGAUGGCUCAGCAAAGGCAAAGUUCUCGCCAGGUUUUUAACCCUGAGGGAUGAAAUAAAGGCCUUUUUAAAGACAAAAGACCAGUAUGUGGAACAGCUGGACGAUAGGUUUUGGUUAGUGGAUUUAGCGUUCCUUGCUGACUUGAUGCAAGAACUCAACAGUUUGAAUAUUGAACUUCAUCGAAACGAUAAGCAUAUCUGUGGGAUGAUCUCUUCGGUGCACUCCUUCAAAGGUAAACUGAGGUUGUGGAAGUCACACCUGCAGGUGAAGUCCCUCCUUCCCUUCCCUUCCAUGAAGCAGGUGGUCGGGGAAAGCGACUUCAACAAUGCGCCGUUUGUGGGUUACCUGGAGACCUUAGAGGAACAAUUUCAUGCCCGCUUCCAGCAGUUCACCGGCAUUGAGCCGGUGGUGUCCUUCUUUGAGAACCCAUUCAGUCCGAUCGAUGUGGCGGAGACAGCCGUGGCCAUCGGGGAACUGUGCCAGGCCAUGGUGGAAGAGGUUGAGAUGGAGAUUGUUGGCCUUCAGAAUGACAUCCUUCUGAAAUCCAACUCAAGCCACGCCAACUUUUGGAACUUGGUCGAUGCCCAGAAAUUUCCUCUGUUGAGGAAAGCAGCUGCAAAGAUCAAGUCUUACUUUGGGUCCACCUACCAGUGUGAGUCUGUCUUCUCGACACGGAGAUUUAUCAAGUCAAAGAAUAGAACACGGAUGACGGACAAACAUCUGGAUGACUGUUUGCGAGUGGCAAUCUCUUCCUACACUCCCAAUUACAACAGGCUUGCCGACGGCAUGCAGUGUCAAGCCUCCCACUAAACUUGGGCAAAAUGUGGCUGGUGUACCUGGUGUAGAGCAGUCUUCCCCUUUCCAUUUUUCUAUUCUGCGUUCCAUCAAAUGGUAGAGAUACUAGGCUUAAAUGUAUACCGAUUUAUUUGUAACUGUGAAUAUAAUUAUGUACCGAUAGUCUAGGAAUAAUGUUGAAUUGUGCGCCCACCUGCCCUCUCUACUAUGCAAAUCAGUAAAUACUCUUUUAUAUGUGGAAUCAUCUGUUGCCAGCCCUGUGUUGUGAUGGGACUGUUUAUGUACCCAAGGAUCACAUUUAAUUUGUCGGAGGUGCAAAAUGUUACAAAAGGUUACAUCAUAUAGAGACACUGCCUUGAGUGUCCCAAGUUCCCAUCAUAAAACUAUACAGCUUUAUUGCCCAUUUGAUCCCCCCCUCUCCCCCUUGGAUGGUAGAACGCAAGGUGCCAAGCUGAAGCUGGUGGAUCUGAUGGGCCAUUUUGAAAAUUUGCCCUUUAAAACUAAUAUCUCUAUUUCGGUACUUAAAAUAGAGUUUUAAUACCUUUUGCCUCUCAGAAUCAUAGGAACUUUGCUGUUCUCAACAAUUGUGACCAGAUUUUAAGGGCUACGGGCUGUCUGCCAUGGCGUAAGGCAGGGAAAAUACUUUCAGUAAGCAACAUGAAACUAUGUAAAAGCCAUGUGUGAAAACGUAGACUGGAAACAGUAUUUGCUGCAUAUCUCAGUCGUUUAUUCAGAUACGUGCAGAAGUGAAACCGUAUCAAUAUUUUUCAAAGACAACUGGGUUAAUUUGUGGUUACAAAAAUCAAAAGGAAUAUAAAUGUCUGUGGAGAUUCUCAGUCGUCCAGAUCAUGGUUGUCCCAAAGAUGCUUUUUCAAGGGGCAACUGGACUUUGUUUUUCCUUGAAGAUGCUUCGCUUCUCAUCCAGGAAGCUUAAUUGUCCAGCUUCGUGGAUGAGAAGUGAAACUUCUUCAAGAAAAAAAACAAAAUCUGGUUACAUUUUGAAAAAGCAGCUUUGGGACGGGAGGAGCCUAGCAGCACUUUUUCUGACUGACUUUUGUUUUAAAAAACUGAAUAAAAAUCUAAGAAUUGUUAAUUCUUAUAAAUGCUAGGAGUCCAGAGCAUAAACAUGUUAUAACAGAGAUGAAUAUCCAUAAAAGGUAUGUAUAUAGGUGCCAUGCAACACAAUUAGUAUUAUUUAAGGGCUGAGAUGAUGAUGGGAUUUAUAUGAUACGGGAUUUAUAUAGAGGUCAUGCCAAUGUUUUCCCACCAACCAGUUCUUUGAAAAUGAUGGAAGUUCUAAGAUUAGCUAAAAUGUGUUCCAAUGUCUCCUCUAAAUGUUGGAAAUGUAAUCUGACAAUUGGAACAUACUGUCAUAUGUGGUGGGAGUGCACGCGAGCUCAUGAUUUUUGGAAUAGGAUCAAAGA